UCCCUCUUUGCAAAUAUGGCCUUUGCGGUCAUGUUGGAAGAGCAGUUCAAGUGCUGCAUCUGCCUUGACAAAUUCACCAACCCGACCACCAUCACUUGUGGUCACACCUUUUGCCUGGACUGCAUUGAAGGUUUUUGGGAUAUGAAGAGAAAGCCUGAGUGUCCGCUGUGCAAAAAGACAUACAGAAAGCGCCCGAAGCUCAGCAUCAACCUAGGUUAUGCUGAAAUCAUUGAAUUCUAUAAAAGGUCUCAAGGGGAGAAUUUGCCGCCAGGAAGCAGGAAAGAUUCUCUACCCCAACUUUUGGAGGCUGACGAAGUUCCCUGUGACAUCUGCUGCGGAGACAAAUCACCGUCGGUCAAGUCGUGUCUGACGUGCUUGGAAUCAUAUUGUGAAUUUCACCUCGCACCACACCUGAGGGAAGCAGCCCUGCAGACACACCAGCUGACGGAUUCGGACAGUUUCAUCGCCAGUCAUCUCUGCAGAAAACACAAGAAGCCGCUGACGAUGUUCUGCAAGAGCGACCAGAAGCCUGUUUGUGUGAAAUGCACAGAGAGGGAACAUAAACGGCACUACUUAGUACCCAUUGAGGAGGAGAGGAAGAGGGUCAAGACUUCUUUGGGGGACAAGAAGACCAGCAUUAAACAGAUGUUCCAUGCCAGAUGCAGAAAAUGGUGCAGAUGAAAAAUUCUUUGACCAUUGAGUCAGCUAUGUCAUGAGUCAUAAGAAAGGAUGAGGCUUACUGAUGUCAAACAUUUUGUUUAUACACUGUAUAUAAUUCUAUAUUUAUUUUACUUGACUCGUAUUUGACCAACUCUGGACUGCAACAAGCUAAAUGUCACGACUUGCCUUUGCACACACUUUUACUGCCUAAAAGAUGGCAGCAAUGUUUACAUUAUUCCUGAAUGUAGCCUGUAUUAAAAUGCUCUAAAUGUUGCAUGAACUGUGCAACUUCAUGACGUUGCCUAAAUGAGCAAUUUAUCACUCAAGAUACAAAUUGUUUAACUGCAAAUAAAAUAUAUAUUUUGAGAGAAGC